GGGGCGGGGAAGGAAGAUGGCGGCGCCCAGCAACCGGUGAGGAGAGAGGACACGGGGCUCCCGGGGGCGGCUGGACUCUUGCGUGAUGGCCGCAUCCCCGCACACUCUCUCCUCACGCCUCCUGACAGGCUGGGGAGGAGGAUGCAUCUGGUAUCUAGAAAGAAGAGCCAUGCGAGAGUCACCUCGUAGAUUCCUGCAUCUUCUCAGGAACGUCAAUCAGCAGUGGGUCACAUUUCAACACGUUAACUUCCUCCGGCGCAUGUAUGUCACACAACUAAACAGAAGCCUCAAGCAGCAAAUAAAACCAAAGCCAGAACCAGCAGAAUCUCCUUUCCUUGCAAAAACUUCUUUGGAUGAGGCCAAAGCCGAAAUAUGCGAGAUGAGACCUCUUGUACCCUCCAGCCUGUCUCUGUCCGGAAAGCCAAGUGAAAAAGCAUUGAUAGAACUAGAACCCACCUCAGUAACUGAGGGCUCCAUAGCUCUGGGGAAAGAGACGAAAGAAGAGAAGCAGUGGAAAGAGAUGAAGCUCCGUGCAGAUGAUUUGCCAGGAAUUCUGGCCCGGCUGUCCAAAAUCAAACUCACAGCCCUGGUCGUCAGCACCACCUCGGCCGGCUUCGCCCUGGCUCCAGCACCUUUUGACUGGUCCUGCUUCCUGCUUACCUUUGUUGGAACAGGCCUGGCUUCUUGCGCUGCCAACUCCAUCAAUCAGUUUUUUGAGGUUCCGUUUGAUUCAAACAUGAAUAGGACAAAGAACAGACCUCUGGUUCGUGGACAGAUCAGCCCGCUGCUCGCCGUGUCCUUCGCCACAUGCUGUGCGGUUCCUGGAGUCGCUCUGCUGACCUGGGGCGUGAACCCGCUCACGGGUGCCCUGGGCCUCUUCAACAUUUUCCUGUACACCUGCUGCUACACCCCACUCAAGAGGGUCAGCAUCGCCAACACAUGGGUGGGGGCAGUCGUGGGGGCCAUCCCCCCCGUCAUGGGCUGGACCGCAGCCACAGGCAGCCUGGAUGCUGGGGCCUGUCUUCUGGGAGGAAUCCUCUACUCCUGGCAGUUCCCUCACUUCAACGCGCUGAGCUGGGGCCUCCGCGAGGACUACUCCCGGGGCGGCUACUGCAUGAUGUCCGUCACCCACCCGGCCCUGUGCCGGCGCGUCGCCCUGCGCCACUGCCUGGCAUUGCUCGCCAUGUGCGCCGCUGCGCCCGCCCUGGACGUCACCACCUGGACCUUCCCGGUCAUCGCCCUGCCCAUCAACCUGUACAUCUCCUACCUCGGCUUCCGGUUCUACCGGGACGCGGACCGGAAGAGCUCCCGGAAGCUGUUCUUCUGCAGCCUCUGGCACCUGCCUCUGCUCCUGCUGCUGAUGCUCACCUGCAAGCGGCGGGCGGGGGAGGAGGGCGCGGGGGCGCCGCAGAGCUGACGGCCGCCCACUCUGGGAAAAGCAGAAGACGUCCAGGGAGAUGCGCAGGGUUUCGGUCUUUUUUUUUUUUCCACUCUGCUGUUAGGGAAGAAAUAUUUCGGUUAUUCCAAAGCACCAGGAGCAAACUCGCUGCGUUUGAAACGAGGCUGUAAAAUAAUUCGGUGCUCAGUGACCACUGGACAACUUUUUUCAUGGUGAUAUCCAAAAUGUUCCCCAAAUGAGAAUCGGGGUGGCUCUGUAGAUUGACACAAGGAGAAGAUGGGUUUUUUGUUUGCUUGUUUUCCUUUGAGGGUUGUUACAGAGGCCUUCCUCCGACCCCACCACUUGGUUCGUCUUCUCCCUCAGGUCGAAGUGCAGGUUCACCUUGCUUCUCGGCCCUCCCCACCUGCCGGCCAGGGAGGCCAGACAAGGUGCUCACUCGCACGCUGGUAUCUGUGGUUCCGUGGCCUAUGGUCCCUCACAGGCUGCUUCAGAGUAGAUGCAGCUGCCGGCCGCAGCCCCUCUUCUGAAUGAGCCGGGCCCAGCUCCCUCUGCCCCACGUUUUCAGCCUCAUACCCCCUCAAAGGCUAAUAGAACACCAAGUACUGGCUGCCACCCACCUUCUCAGGGAGGAUUCAAACGGUUACCUGGGAAUCUCAGACCCGCCCUUGUCCUCAUCCUGGUAGGUAGCAGCAUUUCAGAAACCCCAGGAACCGAGGGCAUCUUUGAAGUCCACUGUACCACACAGGUGGUGUCAGAACGGUUCCUUCUAGAAGGGGCAUGCUAGACUUAAAGCCAGAAGCCCCUCCGGCUCUGACCCACCUCUCCCUCUUCAACCACUGCUGCAGUCGUCAGCUGGGCUCAGGGUCCAGUGAGAAGGGAAGUCAGAAGCGCUGAGCUGGCCGGCCAGCCCUCACUGCUCACAUCCUUGCUCCUUUGGUGAAAAACACAUUUCCACCCUGCUAUCUUCAGGACUCAGAAAUUAGCCUCCACACAGCCAGCGGCUUGGAGAGCCAGAAGCAAGAGCCAGACCCCUGGUGGGGAUGCUUCUGGUCGGCCCCCGCCCCGGGGUGGGGGGAGGGCGGUGCAUGGGUCCCCGCAGGCAGGGGUGGCCUCCAACACCAGCGAUUCCCCCAGCCUCCCAAGUCCGCCUCAUCAUCCAGUUACCGGAUGUCCCAUUUGCCCCAAGGCCUUGAAGCUUAACAGGGUGUUUUAGUUACUCUGUCUCCGGGGCACUGCUGCCCCGGGAGGAAUUUAUUUGGGAGUUUCAGCCACAUUCAAACAACCCUGGCAAUAUGUCCUUCUGUGCCCAAAGCGAUUGCAGGUAGCAUCUGAUUUUCUACCGCACUUACUUGGCUGUGUUCAGGUCGCGCUGUGGGAACUGACAAAGUCGCAUCUGGCGGGCGGUCCCCAGCCCAAAGAUCUGUAAGGCGCGUGGGUUCUCUCUGCUGCAAUAAACCUGCACCGCG